CUCAGUGUUAUUUUGAGUGCUCCAGAGAGUGGUUAUCUUGUGAAUAAAGUGUGAUAGGGAAGUCAAAUAUGAUCACUAUACUUUGUGCGAUUUUCGUGGUGAUGUUGGUCAUCUUCUUGACUAAACUUUACCUGCAGAGAGAUACUCCACCAGGACCCUGGGGAUACCCAAUUGUGGGAUCACUGUUGGCUCUCGACAGUCAAAAGCCCUACAUCACUUUGACGAAGAUGUCCAAGAAAUAUGGAAAGAUCUUUGGGCUGCGUUUGGGAUCAAUUUACACGGUGGUUCUCUCAGAUGCAGCACUAAUUCGCGAUGUUCUGAGACGCGAAGAGUUCACUGGAAGAGCACCUCUGUACCUAACCCAUGGUAUUAUGGGUGGCUACGGUCUUAUUUGUUCCGAGGGCAAUUUAUGGCGAGAUCAUCGAAAGAUGAGCAUCAAUUGGCUCAAGAUGCUGGGAAUGGCCAAAUACAAUGAGAAUCGCAACAGUCUCGAGACUAGAAUCAUCAAUGGUGUCAACGGAAUGAUAAUUGAAAUGAAUGGACAAAUUGGGAAAGAGAUGGACUUGAUGCCAAUUCUGCAUCACCAUUUGGGGAAUAUCUUGAAUGACUUGAUCUUUGGCGUCAAGUACACCAGUGAUGACUCAACGUGGAGGUAUUUGCAGCACCUCCAAGAGGAAGGAGUCAAGCACAUUGGAGUCUCCGGUAGUAUCAACUUCCUGCCCCUGCUGCGGUACAUUCCGACUUUCAGGCGCAGAAUUAGGUUUCUGCUGGAGGGAAAGGCCAAGACUCACAGGAUCUAUGAGGAUUUGAUCACCAAAGCGAACACUGAUGGACGGAAGGACAACGUUCUAGGGCUCUAUUUGCAGGAAAAGGCGAAGAAGAGCUUCCAAAUCAGUAACAACGAUGAGAAGACUUGGAGCGAUGAGCAACUGAAACACGUUCUGGCGGAUUUAUUUGGAGCUGGACUCGAUACAACUAGCUCAACCAUCAGAUGGAUUCUGCUCUUCGUUGCAAGAAAUCCUGGAGUUCAGCAGAACAUUCAUGAGGAAAUGUCUAAGAAACUAUCCGGCCCUCCAAGACUUCAAAACUACGAUGAUUUGCCCUAUUUACGAGCCUGCAUCGCCGAAGGUCAGAGAAUCCGAUCCGUCGUUCCUGUUGGAAUUCCACAUGGAACUAAGGAAGAGACUAGAAUUGAUGGCUACAGAAUUCCCAAAGGAACAAUGAUUGUUCCUCUUCAGUGGGCAGUUCACAUGAAUCCCCAAAUUUGGUCAGAUCCAGAAAAAUUCUCUCCAACCCGUUUCUUGGACGAAAACGGUCAAUUCCAGCCUUCUCAGCACCUGAUACCUUUUCAGAGCGGAAAGAGGAUUUGUCUUGGAGAGGAAUUAGCCAAGAUGAUCAUGUUCCUCUUUGUAGGCAACAUCCUCUACAACUUCAAUCUAAGCCUGGUAAUUGAGGGAGAUCUGAGUGGAAAUUGCGGGAUAACUCUAACACCUCCUGCGCACAAAAUUAUUGCCAGCAUUCGAAAAUUCUAAGACAUUAUUUUACGUAUUAAAAAAAAAGUGAUUAGCUGAAAAAUUAGUUGUAGAAUAGAUGAAUAAUUAUACCUGGACAUUAAAGCUCUAUUAACUGUAUAGGGGAAGGCUUUCAAGCUUCGCACAUACUCGAGCACUUCUUGUUUUUUUUUCCAUAUUCCUUUAAUAAAUCUGACCGAAAUGUGUGACUUAAAUCUGGGUUUUUAAAUAUAUAUUGCUACUAGGUCAAAUUCAAUAAAAGAAUGUGGAAAAAUAUGAAAUGUUUGAAGCCAGAAUGUGUGCGAAGCUUGAAAGCCUUCCCCUAGUUAUGUUUGUCUACUGAUUUUUAUGAUUAACCCAAAUUUAAAAUAAGGCUAAUUUCUUCAGGACUUUUGAUCAUGAAAACUUCAUCCAUCCACCGCAAGUAGACCUAGAGAUUCGCAUAUUUUGUAUCAAUUUAGAAAUAAAGAGGGUCCUUCUUACCUGUAACACAAAUUCUAUAAUUUGUUAUUCUCAAGAAACCUGUGCAAGACUGAAUUUCACUCUUUCAUUGCACAAAUGAAUAAUAUUACUCUCUUAAUAAACUUAAUAAAAACGGA